GGGAAGCCAAGCAGGUGCAUUUCGUGCCCCUGCACUCACCAUUCAGAAACCACAACAAAACACUUUGAUUAGCCAAAGCAUUAGAAUCCCACCGCACAAUGGAAGAUAAGGUUAUCGGAUCUGGGAGUUGGGUAACCGACUCAGUCGGUGGAAAAGUACGGAGCGAUGUGGCUGCGCAGCGGAGUGUUUAUUGCAUUUCUGGGGAUUCUGGGGAUCCCUCCCCAAAUUUCCGCCGGUAAUGUUCUCGCUGUCUAUCCGCACUUUGGUUUCAGCCACUUCAAGGUGGUGAUGCCCAUACUAAAUGAGCUGGCGACCCGAGGACACGACAUCACAGUGAUCUCGUACGUGAAGAAUCCCCAGGCCGAAGCCCUUCCCAACUACGAGGAACUGCUGAUCUCAGCGCCUGGUGAGGAUCAGUCGAGCACUACGAUCAACUUGGUUCCCCUGACGGAAAACACGCCCACACGAUCCCUGGGAGUACUGAUCCGGGAAUAUAUAGCCCUGCACGAAGAGGGUCAGAAGACCUGUGAGCAUCUCUUCGCCAGUGGUCACAUAGAAACAGUCAUCGCACGACACCAAAUCAAGCCCUAUGAUCUGCUACUCACGGAGUACUUCAACUCCGACUGCCAACUGGCCUUGGCCAAGUUAAUGAAUCUGUCAAUUAUAGGCUUGAGUACCUGUGCCCUGAUGCCCUACUAUUACGAUCGCAUCGAUCUGCCAGAUACACCUGCCUUUAUACAGUCGGAAUUCGUGGGAUUCGCUGGACAACUGAAGUGGCAUGAGCGCCUGCUUAACUUUGCACAAGCCAAGUUGUUAAAGUUUCUCUACAAAUAUCACUCCAACAGGGCAGAUAACCUAUUGAUACGAAAGUAUCUUGGGGUGGAAGUAGAUGUAGAGGAAGUAGCCCGCACCCAAACUGCUUUUAUAUUCGGAAAUCAGCAUUAUUCGCUGAUGGGCAGUCGCCCACAGUCCCUGCAAUUUGUGGAAAUUGGAGGAGUGCAUAUUACUAAGCAGGCAAAACGGGAAUUGCCAGAGAAUAUCACCAAUUUCCUGGAUCAGUCAAGCGAAGGUGUGAUCUUCAUCAGCUGGGGUUCUAUGGUACGGGCUUCAAGCAUCGACGAAGAUAAACUAACAGCUAUUUUGGAAGUCCUACAAAACCAGCCCUUAAGAAUCAUUUGGAAAUGGGAGGGCGAUGAGACGCCAAAAACAGAUCCCUCCAAAUUUCUCUUUGUCAAAUGGGCUCCUCAAAUAGCUCUUCUUUGUCACCCUAAAAUAAAGUUGUUCUGGUCCCAUGGCGGCUUACUGGGAACCACCGAAUCGGUUCAUUGUGGUAAACCCCUACUAGUCACUCCAAUCUAUGGAGACCAAUUCCUAAAUGCAUUUUCUGUGCAAAAUCGUGGAAUGGGUCUUAAGUUGGACUAUGAAGACAUCACUAUACCAAAUGUAAAACAAGCUUUUACAGAGCUUAGCAAAAAGAGUUACUCAAAACGUUCCCUCCAGAUCUCGAAGAUCUUCAAUGAACGCCAGAAGACGCCGCUGGAAUUAGCCAUUUGGUCUGUGGAGCAUGUCAUUAAACAUGGCUUAGUGGCCGCAGAACUACUGCAAUCGCCCGGCAUAGAAUUUAAUGGAUUUAUCUACCACUCAGUGGAUAGUAUAGCUCUGAUAUUCGCACCUGUAGUACUUUUGAUAAUAAUCCUAAGCUGUUUAAGUAGAAGAAAGCCAUCUACGCCUGCCACUAAGAAACCUGGCAAGAAGCCAAAAAGAUCUUAAGCCUCACGAGACGAGCAAACAAGACGCAUGCCAUGACAAUUUGUGUAACAUUAAAUAUAUAUUAAGCAUAGAUUCAUGAGGAUUUCAGUAGCGCAGGCGUUGCAUGCAAUCCCUGCGACACUCCUCAAAGGUCAGGAAAUUAUUCUCAGUGGAUGCACAGCCCGUGUAGUAAAAGCUUUCGCAAUUUCCGGUCUUCUUGUUGUAGGCAUAUCUCAGCUGGCGACCUCGGCACAAUCCAGGUGCCUUGGGCUGUCUGCAAGCUAAACAAAUUAUAUUUGUUAAUUUUUAAAUACAAUAAUAUACAUUUUAAAAAAUUAAUAACUCACCUAUUAUCUGUUCGAUUUGGUCGUCCGUAUGAUUUUCCAAACUGGGAAGACCCAGAGAUAGGCCAAUGAACAAGAAUAACACUAGGCCAAAUUGCCUCCAGCUCAAAGUGAAUGCCAUUUUGGUCAAUUCAUAAAAACAGCAAUAAGCUGCACAAGUUCCAGAAUGUUAUAACACUCAAUCUUCCUGUUUAACUUUCGUUUUUGAACUAUUGAGCUUCAGUUUUCCGUUGCGAUCUGCACUAACGUCGGGCACAGAAUGUUCUCAUUCAAUUUGUCUGACAUUUUGACUGAUUUUUCUCAGUUUUCUCUGUGUGACGAUUCUUCUUCCGUGCGUCACGUACCUGAGUUUUGUUUUUGGCCAACUUCGUUUUCAUUUCAGCGUUUCCCCUUUUUAUUGCAUAUUUUCCACUGCACUCUCUGGCAAGUGAAAACGUGUGCAAAGAGAAGCGCCCAUAUAGGAAGUACCUUGGAUGAGGUCAAUGUAGGUGGACAGCUUUUACCUGAUGUAAACACGAUGUAAAUUUCUUUUUUCACUUAAAAAAAUAUCACUGUUCACUUUGAAUGUCAUAAUACUAGAUAUUCUUAUCUAUGACAGCCAAAGGAAUCUUCUAGCGCCUGCUAAAUAGUUGAUAAACAAAUAUAGAAAAAUACAAUGAGCUAUCGCAUAAAUUUGUUUAUUCAAUUUCUAACUGAUUUACUUAAAAGAGACAAUUAAAAGGGCAUAUUAUUCGUACAAAUAAUAGAAAUAAUCGCUAAAUCUAAUGAAGAAUAGCAGAGAGGCUAGACAGAAUUUUAACAAAUGUUUUUUCAGGGCGAGUGACGGAAGACCUUGGUCAGAUGUUGCUUUAAAAUGUUCUUACAGACUAUAAGGCAACCCGAUUUGUAUGCAUUAACAAUGAUAUAUAAUAAUUAUGUUAAUAAUAUUUAAUAGAUACAAGUAGAAAGAAUUUAUACAAUGCACAUGGCUAAUAGAGCUCAAAAACAGAGUCACAGAGACCUACUUACAAUUUACAUCAAUUCCAGGCGAACUAGACACAUAUCCUCAUUACAAAAUAAUAGUUAUAAACUCGUUAAUAAAUUCA